AUGAUGUCCUCCACGAACGAGGAGGACCCCUUCCUUGAGGUCCAACAGGACGUCCUAACCCAACUCCAAUCCACCCGUUCCCUCUUCACCUCCUACCUGCGCAUCCGUUCUCUCUUCAGCUCCUCCUCCUCCUCCACCGACUCCCCCGAGCUGAUCGCGGCCCGCUCCGACCUCGAAUCCGCCCUCUCCUCCCUCGCCGAAGACCUCGCCGACCUCGUCGAGUCCGUCAAGGCCGUCGAGCGCGACCCCACGCAAUAUGGCCUGUCGGCGCACGAAGUCACGCGGCGCAAGCGCCUCGUGCAAGACGUCGGGUCCGAGGUAGAGAACAUGCGCCAGGAGCUCGCGUUCAAAGCCGUCUCUGGAAAGGGUUCCCAAAACAAAGACCAAUUACCAGACCCAUCCUCCUUCGCCAUCCCCGACGGUGAAAACGGCACCGGCUCCGGCGCCGGCGCAGAAGAUGACGAUUACGCAGCCGAGUUCGAGCACCAGCAGCAAAUACAGAUGAUGCGCGAGCAGGACCAGCAUCUGGAUGGGGUGUUCCAGACGGUCGGGGUGCUGAGGCGGCAGGCGGAUGAUAUGGGCCGCGAGCUGGAGGAGCAGAGGGAGAUGUUGGAGGUGGCGGACGACUUGGCGGAUCGCGUGGGAGGGAGGUUGCAGACGGGGAUGCAAAAGUUGACGUAUGUGAUGAGGCACAACGAGGACACGCUGAGCAGUUGUUGCAUUGCGGUGUUGAUCUUUGUGUUGAUUAUGUUGUUGGUUUUGUUGCUUAUUCUGUGA